CUUCUCAAAUGCAUCGAUCCUUUGCAUUAGCCUCCACGCCCCCCAGAAGAAGUAUUUCCGAAAAACGUAUAACUAGACGAGAAACUUUAAGAUUGUCUGUUGAACCAACGUUAUUAGAAAGAAGAUUGUGCGAAGCAUUUGACGUGUUUGAUAAUGCUAGAAGUGGAGAAGUAGAUGUUAGAGAUUUGGGAACUAUAAUCAGGGCAUUGGGAUGUGUCAUCACUGAAGCUGAGUUACAAGAAAUACAAGUGGAAGUCGAAGACGUGGAAAAUAAUUGCGUGCCACUAAACAGAUUUGUAGAAUACAUGCGCAAAGCGAUCAAUGAACGCAAGUUUAAGCCAGCAGAACCUGAAGAUUUGUUCAAAGCAUUUCAAUUAUUAGAUCCUGAAAAUCGUGGGUAUAUUAUGAAAGAUGAUUUACAAAAAGCAAUUAUGGAAAUUGGAGAGCCGUUUACAAAAGAAGAAGUAGCUGACAUGAUGGCUGUAGCUUGUGAUGCGGAAACUGGGAAAAUUAAUUAUGAGCAUUAUAUUAAUUUGUUAAUCGCAAAAAUUCCCGAAGAUCUUAAUGUAUAUAGCAUUGUUGAUAAAAUAGAUGCUGCGAGACUAGCUGCACCUAAAAAACGCAGAUUGAAAAGUAUAUUUUAUAAGGACUAAAUAUUCUAUAAGGAUUGUGUGUGACUAAAGAAUUUUACCAAAAGUAACUUAUGAACAGAUUAACAUAUGCAAACAAUAUACUAACAUUUUUU